GCUUGGUUUACAUCCCUGUUGAUUUGACGAAAACUGAAGUAUAUAUAUAUAUACAGUGUACAUAGUUGUAUAUAUGCCCAUCUACAUGUUUGUAGUUUAUCAGCUGUACUGCAUUCAUAAUGUUUAGAUGUACCUGGCGUGUGUGCUCGUAUGUCGACCUCAUGGACGAUUUUCUGGUGUUACAUGUACACUGCAAUAUCCAAGAGGGUCUUGAUGGAUAUGAAGAAUGUACAUGCACAAACACACGAACACGUGCGCAAAGGCUCAGAGAAAAUAUGUUGUAAACCGUCUAAAAUGACUUUAACUUUAAUUUAGAACUGUACUGAAUUUCAGUGUAUCAAUUUCCAUUAACGAAUUAACUAAUCUAUGGGCUCCGACAUGACUCCAGAUUCGACUCAGUCCUUCACUUUACGUGCACAGAGAAGCAUAACAGAACAACCUCACAUCUUCAGUCUCAGAUCAAAAAGUGUCUUUAUUCUGGACAAGCUUCAAGUUAUAUACAGAUUAUCUACAGGGAAUCUACAGACUGAAAACUAAAGACUGAUCCCUAUAAACCUGUGCAAAAAUGUCGGCCGCCAUUGAAGAAGAGCUGAAAUGCCCCAUCUGCUUCGAGAUCGCCGAGAAUGCAAUGGAGACCAGCUGCUGUCAUAAACUGUUCUGCCUCAAGUGUCUUGCCGGUGUCGGAGAGCGAUCGUGCCCCAACUGUCGUCGUCCCUACCAAGCGAUGGUGUCACACUUUGCUCGGCGUUUGAUCAACACGAUGCCAGUGGAGUGUCCACUAGGGUGUGGUCAAACGCCACUGACCAGGGGAGAUCUCCCUGACCACAACAGAUUAUGUGUUAAAAGAGUGUUUCAGUGUCCGGCUCCGGAUUGUGACUUUCAGGGCGCAAGGCAAACUUUUGUUGCUCAUUUAUCUGAGACACACACGUCUGCGUUGAUCGAUCAAGCAGAAAAACUUUUCGAGACACCGGGGCAAAAUAUUGAAUCCCUAGAUCGCGUUGCUAGGACAACAAAUAGUAAUGGCGACGCAGCUCGUCUUGGGGAAACGGGUAAAUAUUACUGUAGUCAGCCGUUAAAUGGUAGCUGCAGCUGCUGUAACGGUUUCUGUGGCCCUACCAAUGGCUGCAACUGCACUCCUUGUAUGAAACUCGACGUUAGCCGUCGCCGGCUUCCCCACGGCUGGCUGGUAAAUAGGAAGGGUUUUUCGGCCAGGGUGGGACCAGAAACAGGGCGAUUCUACUGCGGACGAAAAGUUAUGCCUGUAAACUCGAGUUGUGACGGAUACUGCGGACCAACGAAUGGUCCGAACUGCGAAGCCUGUAGGAAACUUGACCGCCAGGCCAGGGAUCGGUAUAUGGACGUGUGGGAGUAAUCUCAAUCUCUGAGCCUGUUGCAACUGCAUGUGACUCUCUACAGGAAGUUA